UGCUCAAAGACGCUGGUUUGGACUUUGAAUGCUUCCUCACUUAUUAGCUACAUAAGAGCCACAUUGUGAUUUCAGUCCUUUUUCCGAAUAAUUAUGUGAUAAUGUGAAUAUUAGGAAGGGGUAAGACAUCUGUAGCUUAAGGAAGAAAAUAUCGCCGUUUUAAGAAUGUAUAACCAGGCAGAUUUAUUUCGUAAUUCAUACUACCUGCACUUCACUCCAUGACCCCGUCGAGUCCAGGGACUGUCCACCAUGCCUGUGGCUGUGGACCUGUUGGACACAUGUCUACUCUUUCUCUUUGUAUUCUUUCUCAUUUUUUACCUUUUGAAAAACAAACAUCCACAUAAUUUUCCUCCGGGACCAUGGGGCAUGCCUUUACUUGGAAACGUUUCAAAUGCGUUGGACCAUCAUGCUAUAGAGAAGGUGUCUGAGAAAUAUGGAGAAAUAUUCAGUCUUAGAGUGGCUGGCGAGAAGAUUGUGCUGGUGGUAGGGUAUGAAUUGGUGAAGGAAGUUCUACUCACUCAAGGUCACAACUUUCUGGACCGUCUAGUCUCUCCUCUAUGUAAUGAAGUGUUUCAAAGGAAAGGCAUAUCUACAAGCAAUGGAUAUAGGUGGAGGAGGCAACGGCACUUUUUUGACUCUCAGUUGAACAAAUUUGGAGAGAGCAAAAGGAAACAGGAGUUCUAUAUUCAGCAAGAAUGCAUUUUUCUGUGUGAUGCCAUCGAAGAUGAGAUGGGAUGCCCCUUCAACCCACAUCUCAUUAUCAGCAGUGCAGUAGCUAAUGUCAUUGCAUCUUUGGUGUUUGGAAAGCGCUUUGAUUACGAGGACACUGAUUUCAGGAACCUUCUACACCUCAGUGCAGAAUCUACACUGUUGGCAGGUUCACCACUUGUCUGGCUUUAUGAUGCAUUCCCUUCACUUAUGAAGCAUUUCGAAGGACCACAUACCACGAUUUUGGCCAACUAUUCCAAACUUCUGGGCUUUCUGAAGAAGCAAAUUGAGAAGCACAAGAAAGAUUGGGAUCCAUUUAAUCACAGUGAUUUCACUGAUGUUUAUAUAGGAGAAAUAGAUAAGAGAAGGAAAGACACAGAUGCUGCCUUCACUGUGGACAAUUUGGCUCACUGUAUUCUGGACCUGUUUGAAACUGGGACAGGGCCCAUGACCAGUACCCUGCUCUGGAGUCUUCUCCUUAUGGCAAAACAUCCAGAAGUCCAGAAGAAUGUCCAGGCUGAAAUUGAUCGUGUGAUCAGAAAGUCCAGGCGGCCCUGCUUGAUGGACAGAGCCAGCAUGCCUUACACUGAGGCAGUGCUGCACGAAAUCCAGAGAGUGGGCAACGUCCUGCCUCUAGGUGUACCUCACAAGGCUUUCAGAGACACCACACUGGGCAAAUACUUUAUUCCUAAGGGCACUGUGGUUGUGACGAGUCUGGCGUCUGUGUUGAGUGAUAAAGGACAGUGGGAAAGACCACAAGAGUUUUAUCCCAAGCACUUCCUUGAUGACCAAGGCCAUUUUCGGAAGAGGGAGUUAUUUCUUCCUUUUUCAGCAGGAAAGAGAGCGUGUCUUGGAGAGAAUCUAGCACGCAUGGAGCUCUUUCUUUUCUUCACCUCGCUCCUCCAGCACUUUACCUUCUCCGCUCCCCAGGGCGUACAGCUAAAUGUGGAGGCCCAGGGAGCUUCAGCACGAUCCCCCAAACCUUUCCACAUCUGUGUGUCCUUACGCUGAAACACAGUGACUUUACUCACCUCAGAGGGACACUGCAGAAAAUGUUUGCUUUUUGCUUUUAAAGUCAUGUAUUGCUCACUUGCUCCUGGUCACAUGGCUGCUCACAUGAUUUCAGUAUUAUAACUUGUGUGUGACCCCUGCAUUUCUGAAAGGACUUUACUAAAGAUUACUAGGAGUGUAAUCCCACCCAUCACACCAAUUUUAACCAUGAAAACAAUGUAGUGUUCCAUUAAAUUACUUAAUGAACUGCAAGUGACAUUGUUUAAGCAUUCUGAGGAGCUAAGAUAAAUUCUGCUUUUAUUUAACAUUGAAAAUCUGUUGUUUUGUACAUCCUUGACAAGCAUCACAUGUCCACCUCUUCAUAUAAAUUGGAAAAACAUUUUUUUAAACAGAAAAUAUUGCAAUAUCCAGUUUACUGUUGAACAACUGACAUUAAAAAGUCUCUUCAUGAAAAGAAGCAGCAUGGCAGCAGUAUUUCACCCCAUCAAAGGGUUCUUCCACUGUUACGAUAUCAAGCUUAUAACAAAAGCAGAACCCUUUUUGGUGCUAUAUAGAACCAUAUACAACACAUUCUCCAUCAAAAUAUAGAACAAAUGUGUGUGUGUGUGUAGAUCGUACCCCUGGCAAU